AUGGUCAACAUCGAUAUCCCUAAUGACUACACUGUCUCGCCCUCCACGGCUACUCCCCAUCUGACAAUCAACCGCGACGUCACGAUUGACCUCGACUCAACCAACGCCUUUGAAGGUCCCGAGAAGCUCCUCGAAGUAUGGUUCAGCCCUUCUGCCACCUCCCUUCCUGAAGGGGCCAAGCCUUAUGGUCUGAAGGCUGUCUCGUCAGACACUUGGAAAGAGAUGCUCGAUUUGGUGAACUGCAAGGUUCUCUCCGUCAUUGGACAUGGACACAUGGACGCCUACCUCCUUUCCGAGUCCAGCAUAAUGCUUGAGAUUGCUGCUGUCGAGGCAGGCUUCCCUGGUGUCAAGGCCGACCUCUCCGCCGCCGUCCCUGCCGCUGCUACUCCCCACCGCGUCUUUUACAGCCGCAAGAACUUCCUGUACCCUGACCAGCAGCGUGGUCCUCACCGUAGCUGGCGUGACGAGGUCAAGUUCCUUGACCAGAGAUUCUUGGGAGGCAGUGCCUAUAUGAUUGGAAAGAUGAACGGCGAGCACUGGUACCUGUACAUCACUGGACCUAACACUCAGCUCACUCCUCCUGCUACUCCUGAAAGAGAGACUCCUACCAAGAUCCUCGACUAUCCUGAGCAGCUCGCUGCCGACAAGGUCAACGCAGAGAUCGACGAGUCCCAAGACGAGACUCUGGAGGUCCUCAUGACCGAUCUCGACGAGCAGAAUGCUCGCCAGUUCUACCUCGAAGAUGCCAGUGCUAUCGCUGAGGGCAAGUAUCUGAAGCAGUCUCAAGAGGCCCGCAAGGAUGCUAUCGCUCACCUUGGUAACAUCAACGGUGCUGACGAUGAUGUCGACGUGUUUGCGCAGACCACCUCUGACCCCUCCGAAAAGCUAACCUUCCCUGAGGAGUUGACCACUGAAGGUCACACUCUGGGCUCCGUUGUCUCUGAGGCCUGUGGUCUUGCCGAUGUCUACCCUGUGUCUAAGUAUCCAGAGGCUAAGAUCGACUCUUACCUCUUUACCCCUUGCGGAUACUCUGCGAACGGUGUCGUCCCCUCCACUGGAGAGUCCGGAUCAGCCCACUACUUCACCGUUCACGUUACUCCUGAGCCCCAAUGCUCCUACGCAUCCUUCGAGACCAACGUUCCUGCCCGCCAGACUGGACGCGAGACCCACGAUAUCGUCGUGCAGGUCGUCAACAUUUUCAAGCCCGGCCGCUUCAGCGUCACCGUCUUCGAAGCUAAGACCGACGAGGACGGCUACGGCAGAGCAAGAGUCAAGAAGGACAAGAACAUGGACAACAUUGCUGGUUACCGUCGCGUCGACCGCAUCGUCCACGACCUCGAGGGCUACGAGUUGGUCUUCAGAUACUUUGAGCGUCUGGACUGGAAGGGUGGCGCCCCUAGAUUGGGCGAAUACAUGCUGUAA